AUGCUGAACAAUAAGGGAAGGAUCCAUUCUAUGAGCGGAGGAUUUAAUCUAAGAGCACCAAGGGAAUAUGGAUUGUUUGAGGACAUUGAUUUUCCUAUGUCUUUAGAUUCCAUGGAUGAGCUGGACACUAGAAGUAGCAUAGGGGCCAUGAAUGGAACAGAACUCCGAAAGGAUGGCAUAGAGAGUUUGUUUAUAAGCAAAAAGAAUGACUACAAAGAAGUGAAGGAGGAGGAAAAGUUCAACCCGUACGAAGACAACUCGGGAACAACUGUUUGCUUGAAACAGGAUGACUUCAUUAUUGUUGCUGGAGAUACAAGACAUUCGUCGGACAUGGUCAUUAACUCUCGAGAAAUGUCAAAAAUAUUUCGGAUGGGGAACUUUCUUUUGACCGGGACAGGAUUUUAUGCAGACACCUAUGAAGUCUAUAGGAAAAUGACAGAUGAAAUACUCCAAUACGAAGUCGAUGGGCCCAUGAGUAUUCAUAGCUCGGCAAAUUUGCUCUCAAAGAUUUUGUACUCAAGAAGGUUUUUCCCAUACUACUCGUUCUGUACUCUAAGCGGAUUUGAGAAGGGAAAAGCUUACCUUUAUCAAUAUGAUCCUCUAGGAUCUUAUGAUCUUACAACAUGUGUAUGCAAGGGAAGUGGAAGAAGCAUGAUUCAACCUCUGCUGGACUCGUUUAUUGACAAAAAGAAUUGGAAUAACGCGAGUGAUGCACAGAUAAGCCAGGAAGACUGUAUAAGACUGGUUGUAAAGGCAUUCAAUUCGGUAGCAGAGAGGGAUAUAAAGACUAAGGACAAUCUGGAGAUCUAUGUUGUAAGAGAACACGAGCUGACUCACCAAAUUCUCCCUCUGAGAAGAGAUUAA